AUGGCAGCUCCUACACGACCCCCAGCCAAUGCCUUCGUCGCUAAAGCCCGCAAGGUCUACAAUCCAAUUGGCUUCUCCAAAGGCUACAACUUCAUCCUCUGGUUCAUCUUCGCCGGGGCCAUGUUCGGCUUUGCCCUCGCUCGAAUGAUGUUCCUCAAUUACAAUAGCAUUUACUGCAACCCCAACAGCAAGGGUAAUGGUGCAGGCCCCGGCGAAUGCUGGUCUUACAACAGAAAGGACCUUUACAAGAUCGGCAUCAAAAUGCAUCUCUACACCAUCAUUCCGGCUUCAUUUCUCGUUGUCUUUCAAUUCGUUCCUUUUAUUCGAUACAAAGCACUGCUGUUUCACCGUAUGAAUGGAUACAUCGUCGUUGUUCUGGCGGUAAUUGGGACCGUCGGUGCCAUCAUCAUUGCGCCUAUCGCCUUUGGUGGCGCACUUUCGAUUAGAGCUGCUGUAGGUCUCAUGUCGAUCAUGUUUCUCGGGUCACUCUUCCUGGCGAUAUGGAAUAUCAAGACACUGCAGCUUGAGCAACACCGUGCGUGGAUGCUUCGCGCAUGGUUCUAUGCUGGUUCAAUUAUAACUUUGCGAAUCAUCAUGAUUAUCUCCGCCGUAGUUAUGUCCAAGAACCCGAGCUUCCGACUCCCAAUGCAAUGCGCCAAGGUCGCUUCUUUCUACGACGACACCAAGUCUUUGAUCGCCAAAUACCCUACCUGCGACGACCCUAAUGCCUGGGUUGCAGUACAAGGGGACAUGUCAGGAGAGAGUACGGAGAACAUUGCAUCCGCUCUAUCGCUAGGAUUCUCCAUGGCCAUCUGGCUAGCACUAGCCAUCCACGCAAUCGGCAUUGAAGUCUAUCUUCACUUAACACCCGCAGAGACCGAGCGUCUUCGAAAGAUCUCCUUCCAACGACAACAAGAACGUGGUUUUAAGAACCCCGGAAGUAGCGGGCUUACGUCUGACCGUUUGGGUGACGCUGAGACGUGGCGUCCGAGCACCGAUGCGACUGCAUAUCCGCCUAGCAAGGGGAGUGAUAGUGACAUUUCGAAGGUUGCAGCGGCUUAG